AUGCCCGCCUCGCGCCUGUUUAUGGCUCGGAGCGUCGACCGCUCCUUGUAUGAAACGAUCCGUGUGGCCCGUAGUUGCGGCUCUGUUGUUGCGCGGCGCGGGCUCGCCGUGCCGGUGAACCCCGCCUCGUCGGUGGACCAUAUGCUCGGCACCGCGGUGCCUGCGCCCCCUGCGGCCGCACCCGAGCAGAGCAAGAACGAGUCCUCGGACGACUCGAGCGUGUUCAAGUCGAUGCUGCAAAAAGGUGCCUCGAGCGCCGACAUGGCAGGACAGCGCGCGAAUAUCGAGCGUCUGCGUGGCGCAGCCACCGGCUCGUCGCGCCGCAGCACGGCCGUGCCGGGCACCAAUAAGCUGUUGGCGCAAUCUCUUGACGAUGCCGAGAUUCUGUGGCGCGACGAGUCUGCUUUCCUCCCAUCCACGCCGAAGAAGCAGACCGCAGCCGAUCCCGAGUUGCCACACCGCGUCGAGACAGGCCGCCCUGAAGGCAAUGCGAUGGAGCGCUACGUUGUGGCGGCUGCGCGCGCGCUGGUAAAGCAGCGUAGCGGUGAUGUACAGAUGGCCUCGCUGCAGGACCUUUCUAAGGCAAUGGAAGAAUGUGCAAACACUCAGCUUUCGAUUGAGCUGCCGUACGAACCGAUGCCCAAGGUCGAGCGCAAGGUCCAGCUGACGACGGCAACGAGUGCAGAAGCCGACGUUUCCAAGGCUGCGGACGAUGGCGUGCUUCUCCUGUGCUACAUCGAUCAUGUUGGUUCCGGAAAGGAACGCGUCAGCAUGUGCUCUGGCUUUGCCGUGCAAGGCGGCGAGACGCUGGCCAAGACCGAAGGAAAAGGGCGCGGCGCACUCGUCGUGUCCUGCGACCAUACCCUCGAGAGCGCGACGGAGGGUAUGCGCGAUGCGGGCGACCGCCAGGGCCUCGCGCUUGCCGUGACGCGCCUCGGUCACAUCUACCCUGUGCGCUCUCUGCUGAGCCGCCUGCCGGAUGCGGACCUUGCGCUGUUCCAGCUGGACGAGACGCCGGUCCAGGUCGAUGCAGUGACCUCGACGCUGCACACGGUGGGCUCUGGCUCGCUGCGCACACUCCCCGUGUCGCCCUAUCCCGCCGUGGUCCAGACCGAGCUGUCGGUGAGCUCGUUUGGCGGCUGGUUGCCUUCGCCGCAGCAAGGGCAAGGCGAGCUUAGCACAUUCCCCCAACUGACCGAUCAUGACAUGAUCCGUAACCGCUGGGCGCCGGCGACGCUCGUCGGCUACAAAGACCCCAUUGGCCGCGUGGCCGAGACCGGCACCUAUGACGAACUGGCCCAGCUCAGCUUUAAGCUCAAGGGUGAUGCGCCCGAGACGCCGGAAGGACUCCGCCCGUCGAACUUGUUGCGCUCCAUGACCUACUUUCCGCUGCCCGGCUCGUCGGGAGGGCCGGUCGUCGACGCAGAGUCGGGCAGCGUUGUCGGCAUCGUCCGUGGGCACCGCAUGAGCCAGAUGCACGGCAGCCGCGGCGAUGCGGUGCCUGCAGAGAAGGUAUUUGAAUUCUUCGCACUCCCCGGCCUUGGCAAGCGCCGUUAG